GCCGAGUGUAUAGACUAUGUAGCCUGAAAUGCAACUUCUACUUUCGUUUUGAUAUUUUCAAAAAAUCACGUCGUUAUCCGCGGACAUGACGUCACAAAAUACGACGUUAUUACUCAUAAUGCUAAAAUGACGUUUAUCAUAGUUGAACAUGGAGAAAGCGAAAAUCUUAUUCUAAAUCCUGAUUGCACCUGCAAACUUUUUCUUGACUUCAUAAGAGAAAAAUGCAAAGUUGACCCCAAAGACGUGGUUGAUCUGAUUGACGAGAAUGCGUGGGCGUCUGAACUCUUCACCAAGAACCCGAACGAAAAUGUGGUCUCCUUGUUCUCGCCCAGAGGGGUCUACAUCCUGGCAUCCGUUGAAUUGUAUGAGGACAACGCCAUAAAGAAGAUUACCCCUUUGUUACAAGACUGGGAGAAGAAGUAUCAAUUCCUUGAGAGGAAAUUAAAGCAUUGGGAUAAAAAGCAGCAAAAGAUCGCAGAAGAAAAGACAGAAGCGGAGCUGCUGCAGAACGGGGCUCCCAAAGAAAACAAAGAGGGGAAGCUGAACAAAAAGAAGAGCGAGAGAGGACACAGCGCUUCCGGUUCUAGCCGGAAGGAAACGAAGUCCCCCCUGCCUGACGCCACUUCAUCUCCAAAGAAGACCAAGAAAAAACGAAAGGUCAGCACGUGAUUCCCGACCAACCCUUGAUGAAAAUAUUAAUAAAUAA